AGCUAAACCAGACCCCACGCGCCUAUUCAGCACACACGCCCUUUCUCUGCUAUGAAUAGCCAGCCCCAUCCACCAUUAUCGUCUUUCUUUCUCUUCUUCGCCCCAGAAGAAAUAAAACACGCACACACACACCAAAAAUCUCUCCUUUUUUCUGGGUUUCGUUUUCCCCUCCCUUUCCCCCUAUUCUCCCUCUCAGCCAAGCCUUUCACUGUGCGUCCGCGUCAUUCCUUUUUUUCCAAUUAUAGCUUUCCAACCACAGGUGAGAAUAACCAUGGCUUUCUAUCUUUUUUCCCCUUUUCUUUUUCUGUUCACGUUUUGUUCCUGUUUCUGUUUUUUUUUUUUUCUUUUUGCACCUUCUUUUUUUGGUUUUAUAACCAUCACCUGCUAAUUUAAUUUCUUUUACGAUUGUGGGUUUUUUGUUUCAAUUGACUUAUUGUGGAUCCGGGAUUGACUUUGUUUGCAGGCGGGGGCUUGGAUUUUGAGGUUUUCAUUUUAAUUCGUCUAAAAAUAAAAUUGAAAGGGAAGAGAGGAAGAUGAAUAGGUGUGCUUAUCAACAUCAAAACCACCACCAGCAGAAGACGGGUUUUGUUGGAUUGGGUUUUGCUGGAGAGAUGAUGAGGAGGGGUGACUCUUAUAUUAAUUCUUCUGCGUCCAUGGCUGCUUGCCCUGCACCUAACGGCGUCGUUUGUCCGAAGCCUCGGAGACUUGUUAAUGUUAAUGAACCCAUCAACAUCAGACCUUCUAGAGUUGUGCAUACCACCAAUAAUCAUUAUCAACUGGAGGCUUGUGAAUCAAGGGCAGGAACAGAGCUUCUGGAUUUGAUUCUCGCCAAGGGGAAUAAUUAUGGAGCUGAGAGAUCCAGUUUUCAAGUUGCUUCAUCUCCUCCAUUUUACAACGGGUCGCCACCAGUAAGAGCUUCAAACCCUGUGAUCCAAGAUGAGCAGUUUGGGAUUGGGAAGAUGAUGAUGAGUCCACUGUCACCGUCAAUGGAAGCACUGGCCAAGAGUGGCAGUGGGGGAUCAUCAUCUGGCCGUGUGAAAUGUGGAAACAAACCAGCUCCAGUUAGGAUUGAAGGCUUCGAAUGCCGGGGAACUGCUGUGGUAGCCUGAAACCAAAAAAACAGGUCCAUUGACUCAAAACCACCAUCCCCACAUCAUAACAGUAACAAAAUAACAAAAGCAGCUAUAGAAGAAGAGUUAAUUUAUAAUCCUGCCCAUUUGGCAAGAGGGAGAGGAAACCCCCCCAAAAAAAAACUAUCAAUUUGAUCUCAACCAUUUGUUUAGUUUUGUAUAUAGAAAAAAGGAGAGAGUGUGUGAAUAUGUAAUGCAGUAAUGGGGUUCAUUAUCAUGAGUGAGAGAAGUUGAUUCAUGAGGAAACAACAAUAAAGAAGCAGCAAAAGGGGAAGAUUAUGGCAAAAUUUUCAUGUCUUCUCUUUUGCUGGUUAGGUCUUUUUUUUUUUUUUUUGAGUUUCUUGUUUAGGUCAUUGUUGCUUUUGGAGAUCUUUUGAUAAUAGUGAAGAGUGUGAGAGAGACACUUUGAGAGACCAAAGGGUGAAACUUUUGUAACAGUUAAAGUUUUCCUUCAUCCUUGUCCUUCUUUGUAAUUGAAGUCUGAAGGCAAGCGUUAAAGAUGGUCUUUUUUCUUCUUUUAGACAGUUUCUCUGCUUUAUUUUUUCUCCAUUCAUUUCUUUACUGGUGCUGAUUGCUGAAGCUGAUAAUUAUUGUUGAUAUCACGUGGUUGGACUGCCAUUUUCAACCUUUAAUUAUAUGAUGGUUCCUCUGUGUUAUCAUAUUGAUUACAGGGAUUUCUUUUCUACUGGUCCAACUCAUCAUUUUUUUUAGCAAAGUUCACUGAGAAUGGGCGCUAUCAUCGCCACUGAAUACUGGGGGAUGAAUGUUAAUAAAAUACUAAUGGGACCCAGUCGGGUUAAGCUCCAUCCGGGGCGAUUUGUCGGAUCAACAAAAAGUAUUGAGUUUAUAUUAUUCUCAUUUAGCAAUUUUUGUUUGUUUUUUUUUUUUUUGAAAAAGAUACUUGUAUAUUAGUUAUAAAAUAGUGCAUAAAUUAUUACAACGCAUUCUAUGCAAUACUAAGAAGAAAAUCGAUUGUAGGAUUGUUUGGUGGAGAAAACUCAAAAAAGGGUUAAAAAAAAAGAAAUGGAAAGAUGCCAAAUUCAAGGCAAGUGGGAAGUGUGGGAACUUGUAUUUGUGUGAUGGAAAACAUAGGAGAAUACGUGGAAGGAUUUGUAUUCUCUUGUUUGUGAUGACUACAUAGUACUCUACUAAUACUAUAAUUCCUCUUUCUACUGUCUUUUUGAAAAUGGAAUUUGCUAUGAAGAUUUUGAGUAUUGAGUGAGACAAGACAUUAUUUAUAUAGAAUUGUAGAGAUAUGGUUUUAAUGUUUUGUUUGUUCUUUUUCUUCUUUUCUUUUUGGUGUGCUGCGUCUUUCUUUGGCUCCAUUGCUGACUAGUUUUUGCUGGCUCUUGCCGGUUGUUGUCCACUUUCUGCUCAGACAAAGUCACUAUAAAAGAUCCCCCCAGGGAAUUAGUCUUUUGGACCAUCUUUUUAUUUUUUUCCCCCGC